AUGACACCUACCAAAGUAUUUUUCUUUAUUAGAAGACUGGAAAAAAUUAUUGCUGAUGCACAAGAGUUUGAAACUCAAACAGAUGCUGAUGAUUUAUUAAAUGCAAACAAUAGCAUCUUUUUAAAUUGUGAUAUCUCAGUUUUUGCCUCUUCUCAGAAAUCAAGUAAAGAUCCUGAUGAUAAUGCUAGAAAUGCAGAAACAAAUCAAGAAGAUACAUCAUCAUUGACACAUACAAGUGAUAUUGCUAGGCUUGCAGGUGAUGAUAAAGUAAAUGAAGAUGUUGAAGUUUUAAACAGGUCUUUAUCUUUGAAAGUUGCAGAUGUACCUCAAGCAGAAACAACAGUAAUUUCAGUCACAGAAGCUGCAGUCAAACCUGGUCAAAGUACACAAGAAUUUGGAGAAGGAAUGCUAAAGGAAUUUCAGAGUACACAAGCAUCUCAAGGAACUGCUGCUUCGACAUCCAUUGAACCUGGUCCGUCAUGUAACAAGACACCCCUGGAAAUGCGGUUUUUUGUGAAUGAUCCAUUUAAUUUAUCAAGCCAAAUUAAAACGAAAAUAUUCCAUACCUUUUCUGCAUCAACCCAAGAAGAAUGGUGGACUUCUGUACCUACAGUGUCUAGUGAUGCAGAAGUUCAAAUGAUUGUGCAGCACAGUUCACAGUAUAGUUGGGAUUACAAAUGGCUGUGACAUACAGCACAGAAUUAUGCACUGCACUGUGUUGCUAUGUU